CUCAUACUCAUCCGUUUCGACCCUACAUAUGAUAUCACAAUACCAUUAAACCUCAAGUUCUUCUCCCAGCUUGUAAACAGCCCACCAAAGCCCACCAAAGAGACGAGGCCGACAUGCGUUGUCCCUAACGGCAACAAAAUAAACCAUAAAUCGGGAACCACUCGGCUUCUGCCGGUAGCUCUAAGAGACAUGGCACACACAGCAGAGAGGUCUGAGCCAGUGCUCGACAUUGACCGCCAUCUGCGGUACUGGAAAAUGUGUCUACAAUCGUCGCUGCCGAGACACUACCUCUCCAACGAGGGCAACCGCAUGGCCCUGGCCUACUUCAUCGUCAACUCUGUCUGCAUCCUCACACCACCACCCAGCGAGACACAACAAGACAGAAAACCACUGAUCGCCCCCGGAGACCGCAGGAAAAUCCGGCAGUGGGUCCUCUCACACCAACAACCCGGCGGUGGUUUUGCCGCCUCAUCAUCCCUCGUCUUUCCCGUCAAGGGGUAUGAGCAGUGGCAGUCGGAAACAGGCGCGCAGGAGGAUGUGGAGGGGCCUGGGCUGGCAAACCUACCGGCGACGCUGUUUGCGCUGCAAAUCCUUGCACUCCUAGCCGACGAGAACGACGAGGCGGGGGCGUUCAGCGGCGUGGACAGGGUGCAGACGCUACGUUGGCUGCGGAGACUGCAGCGCCAGGAUGGCAGCUUCGGGGAAGUGCUGAAGCUGCUGCCCGGGCAUGGCUGGUUCAUUGGCGGAGGGUACGACAUGCGGUAUUGCUACAUUGCCGCGGCGAUACGUUGGGUGUUGCGGGGGGACGUGAGGGAGGGGGAGCCGGGGUGGGUAGAGGAUUUCGACACGGAGCGGCUGGCAGAGUAUAUCUUGAGCAGUCAGACCUACGACGGCGGCUUCGCAGGCAGUUCACAAGAAGAGCCCCAUGCCGGCUACGCCUACUGUGCAAUCAGCGCCCUCUCCCUGCUUGACCGCCCAGUCGAAGGCAGCACCGCGCCCCAUCGCAGCGAGGUCCUCUACUCGGGCAUCCGGAAUAUGCCCGGCCUCAUACACUGGCUCAGCUCACGGCAGUUCGUCUACCUUGAACCAGAACCCCCGAGCAGCGACGCCGAAUAUGGCGAGAGAGAGGAGGACGAAGAGGUUAACUUCCUCCUCCCCAAGCGCCUCUCAGACCUCUCACUGUCCGAAAAUCUCCGCUACGUAGCGUGCAACGGCCGCUGCAACAAGGUUGCUGACACCUGCUACACAUGGUGGGUCGCCGCGGCGCUUGCCAACCUGGGCAAGGGGGAUCUGCUGGACUGGCAGCCGUUGAGGCGGUUCCUGCUCGAGAAGAUGGCACAUCGCAUCGGAGGAUUCGGGAAGCACCCCGGGGGGCCACCCGACGUCUACCACUCGUGUUUCGGGCUGACCGCCCUGGCGGUGAUGGGCGAGCCCGGGUUGAAUGAGCUGGACGGUGCGCUGGCCGUGCCGACGAGGGCCGUCGGGGUUAUUGAAAAGGCCAGGGCCGUAUUGUUGCGGAGGUCGAGUGGGGAGGAAAGAGACUCGGCCGCCCGGGCUGUUGAACUAGGCCGGGCGAUGAGAGGAGCAAGACCGGCGUGGUUGGGUGCGGUUGGAGGUGGAUGAGCUCAAUCUUUACAAACCGAACAUGCCCAUCCAAGUUGCAAAGGAAAGCAGAUUCGGGUAUCUAAUUAAUCACGCUGAGUCCUCCACGGCAUGCUUGAUCAACCUCUUGUAACCCUCGACCGCAUCCUCGAGAUCCCGGACUCGCAG